GUCUUUAAUGAAGAAAAAGAGCACUUAAUAAUUAGAAGAUUUAUACUCAACAUUUUUGGAUUGAAAGGGAAAGAUAUGGAGGAGGACGACGACUGCGUAACAUUUCGAAGCGACGAACAUCUAGCAAAAACCUUUCGUCGGUUUCAAGCAUUCAAAGAAAAUUCUGUUCUUUGCGACAUCAAACUUGUAGUUGGCGACAAGAAAAUCAAAGCACAUCGCCUUAUAUUAGCAGCUUUUAGUGACUAUUUCAGUGCUAUGUUUACGGGAGAUAUGUCAGAAACAACGCAAUAUACAGUAAAUUUAACAGAUUUAAAUCCUUUGGCUGUGGAAGCUUUGAUAAAGUAUGCCUAUACAGCAGAGAUCGAAAUACGUGUUGACAAUGUUGAGAAUUUGCUGUCGGCUUCUUGUAUACUUCAGGUUGAUGAGGUGAAGCAAGCCUGUUCUGAAUUCAUGUGCCAUCAGCUUCACCCCUCUAACUGUUUGGGAAUUCGUGCAUUUGCAGAUGGGCAUGGAUGUGUGGAACUAUUCAAGCGAAGCGAUAAGUACACAAAAGAUCACUUCGUUGAUGUUGUAAAAAAUCAAGAAUUUGUUGUAUUAGCUGCAGAAAGUGUGGCAGAGCUUUUAUCUAGCGACGAUCUUAACGUUUCUUCUGAAACUCAAGUAUUUACAGCUCUAACUUCAUGGACUAAACACGAUUAUGAAAACAGAAAAAAACAUCUCUCAGACCUUCUCUCUCACGUACGCCUUCCAUUGCUGUCAACACAAUACCUUCUAGACCAAGUUGAACCUUGUCCACUUUUUCGUGACCUUGCACCAUGCAGAGAACUGAUCAUAGAGGCCAUGAAAUAUCAGCUUUUGCCAGAGAGACGACUUCAAGCACUUUCACCUAGAACAAAACCUAGAUAUUCUACUGUAGGGAGGUUAUUUGCAGUGGGUGGUAUGGAUUCUUCAAAGGGAGCCAUCAACAUAGAGGAAUAUGAUGUCCGAAAUAAUCACUGGUCACUUGUUGGACCUAUGGCUUCGAGACGUUUACAGUUUGGAUUAGCUGUAUUGGAUGGUAAUCUAUAUAUUGUAGGUGGAAGAGAUGGACUUAAAACACUUAAUACAGUAGAAAGUUAUGAUCCUGAAACAGCUCAAUAUACAUCAGUUACAUCUAUGAAUACCCAUCGACAUGGUCUAGGUGUGGCAAUUUUGAAUGGUCCACUGUAUGCUGUUGGGGGCCAUGAUGGCUGGUCGUAUCUCAGUACUGUUGAAAGAUAUGAUCAAAUCACAAAGCAGUGGAGCUUUGUUGCUCCAAUGAGUACCYCAAGAUCCACUGUUGGUGUGGCUGUUUUAGAUGGCAAACUGUAUGCCGUUGGAGGAAGAGAUGGAUCAUCAUGCUUGAAUUCAGUGGAAUGCUAUGACCCUAACACAAACAGAUGGACUUUAGUUUCUCCAAUGUUAAAGAGGAGGGGAGGUGUUGGUGUCACUGUACUUGGUAACUUUUUAUAUGCCAUGGGAGGACAUGACACUCCUGCAAGCCAAGACUCAUGCCGACAGUUUGAAUCUGUAGAACGUUAUGAUCCCAAAACAGACCAGUGGACUGUUGUCGGCUCCAUGAUAAAUUGCAGAGAUGCUGUAGGUGUCUGUUGUCUAGGUGACAAACUAUAUGCGAUUGGUGGCUAUAAUGGUUCUAAGUAUUUAAAUGCAGUAGAGGCAUAUGAUCCUAUAACUAAUGAAUGGGAGGAGGUUGCUCCACUAAAUGCAGGACGUGCAGGGGCAUGUGUUGUUGCUAUACCAAACAGUACUAGUAUUACAAAACUUUGACAAAUUUGUGAGUAAUUUACUGCACUCCUCCUGUAUGGAGAUGUUUUUGUUUUAACAUUUUCACGGAUUGUUGAGAUAUUUGACUGGGUCACUGUUAAGGGUAAUUAAUAUUUUAAAACUAUCAGACAGAAUUUUCAUAAUAAAAAUAAGGCACUAAGCCAUACAGAAAAGGCAGUAAGUUACGAGUCUUAAAUAUGACAGGAUUUAAGAUGACUGCAUAAUGGGCUUUGACCACUAAUUAAAGUAAAUAUUUCUAAAUUGGCUGCAUAACAAAAAGAUACUAAAAUAAGCCAGGUCAACUAACAGCCUCUGGGUCUAUGGCAUUGCCAUAGAGGCUGUUACAGGGUUUGCGCUAGUCCUUGAUGAAAAGUCCUGGAAAUGAAAACUCGUCUUCAAGGGUGCUUGAAAAGCCCUUGAAAAUAGGGAAAAUUGCUUAAAAUCCUGGAAAACUCUUUGAAUCUAAUGAAAUUGACUUGCUAGCUUCUGGAUUGAAAUGUGGCUAUUUUUUGAAAAUCACCACUGGAAACGCUCGCAAACUUCAAAAAAUAUCUUCAAAAACCUUGAAAAUUUGCAUUACUUGAAAAGUCCUGGGAUUUUGUAGUGAAAAUGUAUCACAAACCCUGCUGUUAGUUGAGCUGGCUUAUUGGCAAAAUUAAGACUCACAAUAAUUACAUUGCCCCAUACUCUGAAAUAGAAAUUAAUAAAUUAAUAAUUGAUAGAUUCUUAUAUUUACCAUAUAUAUUAAAUUUGUAUUUUAUAAGCGGAAACCGUUGCAUCGCAACUUCAAUGUUCAUAAGAAAUCACUGGAAUGACUGAACAAGUUUGUGAAAAGCAUUGUCCCUUAGAUCAAAAUCCAAACAAACUUUAAAAAGAAGUUGUGAAAUAAAUGAUUUUUGCCUUAACUUAUAAUUCAUGUAAUUCAGUGACUGCAAGCGAUUUUAUUAAUAAUAUUUUUUAGUAUAUAUUUAUGUACAAAUUAUGGAGCAACACACUAGGUGCUCAAGAAAAAGUUAUAAUAAUUAUUAUAAAAUGAUGAAACACUUUUCUAGUACCAAAUGAUAGUAUUGUUUUAGUAAUAUUUGGAAGAAAAGGGUUAUUUCAUCAGUGCUUUAUGCUUAUAUUUUGUUGUUUUUUUUUUAAUAUAAAAUGCUUAUAAGUAAUAAUGGGAACAUGUAUUUGUAUUCACUUUAAUUUUACUUUCAUAGAGUGUUAAUUAAAUUCAUAACCAGGA